GGUCCAUCCAUGAGAUGAAGAUCUGGUAAUGGGGGGGGGAAGACAUUUUUCUGCACACGGCUCACUUCCUGCCCUGUAAUCCCAGUGCAAAGUUCCCAUCAUCAAUCUACAGUGCGGGAGGAACUACAACUCCCACCAUGCCUCUGGUUUGUGGCCCUCCAGCGGUUGGUGGCUGCUCCUUUAUUGAAGUGUGAGGGGCCCCAGGGGUGAGAUUUAGAGGGGGGGGGUGGUAUUGAUUGAGGGCGGUAUACGGAUAGCUGUAUACAGACGGUGCAGAUCUCAGCAUCCUCUGUGCAGCCGCCCCUCCCCGGCCUGACUGAUGCUGUAAUGUAGAGGAGGGAGGAGAGGAGAGGAGACUGCAACCGUCCCCUGCAAUCCGUGUGCAGCCUGCAACCCCUUCCCUCCGGGGGCAAGACUGCAGAGGGGGCGGCACACAAAUACCACCAUCUACAGAGAGCAGUGCCCGUUGGUACCCCGCCCAGGGCAUGUAUAAUGGCCAGGAUGUUCCGGAGGAAGCUGUCGGAUUGGUCGGAUCUGGACGCGAGUUCCUUCGUGGAUCUGGACAGAGAUGGGGCCGAACUUCUCGGAGACUCUCCAGGGACUUUGCCCAAUGGAGGCAGCGCUGAUGACUAUUACGAGGAGGACUACGAUGACGAUCCCGUAUACAUCCCAUGUACCGAUCUGUACAGGACGGAACUCCCGCAAAACACCUUCAAUGAUGGCAAAACCCCCAUCGAUUUUGUUCUGGUUUGGGAGGAGAAGCUUCAAUCCAAGAAGCACAAGAUGAAGACGUCGGCCCAGGCGGAACGAGAGCAGCAGCGCCGAGCGAGGAGGAGAGAGGCCAAUGAAAAUCACCGAAGGCGUUUUCACCGCAACCUGCUGAAGGCGGGGCUUCUGUUGGAGAAGGAGCAGACCCUGAGCGAGCGAAGAUCCAUCCACUACCUGAAGCUCAGCGCCCCCUGGGACCUCUUGGUGUACUACGCGGAGGAGCUGUGCAUACGGGCGCCGCUACAGGCUCAGCCCAAUCCGGACAGCAACGCCUCGGAUCGCUUCCUGCAGAGACUUCACCUCCCCAACCCCAUGUACCAGUACGUCCCCAACAAGCCGCUGGACUACUACACCUGCGCCUUCCGCCGAUCCAAACUGCAGAGGUUUCUGGGAAGUGAUUUCCAUUCCACGUAUUUCACCAACACGCAGAGAAGUCGCAUUUUGUACGAGGUUCUGUCGCGCUCGAUGUACGGGAAGCGGAAACACGCGGAGGUCGGGAUCGAGCGGAUGCUGAAGGAAGGAAUCUACACCGCGGCCUUCCCCCCUCAUGAGGGGCCCUAUGAAAUGCCAGAGUAUGAGGUGGCCCUGGAGAGCCUGAACCCUCGUCAGAUCCUCUAUCGGUACUGGGCGAGUUGGUCCCAGUGGUACAAAUAUCAACCGCUGGAUCACAUACGGGAGUAUUUUGGGGAAAAGGUGGCUAUAUACUUUGCCUGGCUGGGUUUCUACACUGCCUGGCUGCUCCCGGCCGCCGUUGUUGGGACCGGUGUCUUCGUGUCUGGCCUCCUGACAAUGGGGAGUAAUACAGCCGCGCAGCAAGUCUGUGACAGCGGGACGGAGUUCCUGAUGUGCCCCCUGUGUGACACCUGUAAGACCUGGUACAUCGCGGAGAUCUGCCCCAUGGCAAAGGUUGGGUAUCUGUUUGACCACCCAGGAACGGUCUUCUUUAGCAUCUUCAUGUCCUUCUGGGCGGUCAGUUUCCUGGAGUAUUGGAAGAGGAAGAAUGCGACCUUGGCCCAUCACUGGGACUGCAUGGACUUCCAGGAGGAAGAGGAGCCCCCCCGGCCAGAAUUUGCCGCGAUGGCCCCACAGAUGGAGCAGAACCCAAUCACAGGAGUGAAGGAGCCGUACUUUCCAGAAAGAGCUCGUCUCUCCCGAAUCCUCACCGGAUCCAUGGUGAUUGUGAUUAUGCUGUGCGUAGUGAUGAUCUUCUUGGUGUCGGUGAUCAUGUACCGCGGAAUCAUCAGCAUGAUGAUGUAUCACACCGGAAACAGCAUUCUCAUGACACAGGCUGGUAACAUUGCCAAUAUCAGCAGCACUAUGGUCAACCUAGUCCUUAUCUUGCUAAUGAGUCAAGUCUACACCUCACUGGCCGAAAAACUAACCCGAUGGGAGAUGCAUCGCACCCAAUCGUUACACGAGGAUGCGUUUACCUUCAAGGUUUUCAUCUUCCAGUUUGUGAACUUCUACUCAUCACCAUUCUACGUGGCUUUCUUCAAAGGCAGAUUUGUGGGAUAUCCCGGCCAUUACGGCAAACUCUUGGGUAUGAGGAACGAGGAUUGCGGUCCUGGCGGCUGCCUCAUAGAACUGGCCCAACAGCUCUUCAUUAUAAUGGUCGGCAAGCAGAUUGUCAGCAAUAUCCAGGAGUUUCUGAUCCCGAAGUUGAAGUCAUGGCGGCAGAGGAGGCAGCUGGCCAAGGUCCGCGGGACGCAGAUCUCCGAGGAACCAAAGCGAUGGGAGGAAGACUAUGAACUCAUCGAGUGUGAGGGGCUCUUUGAGGAGUACCUGGAGAUGGUCAUCCAGUUUGGUUUCAUCACUAUCUUUGUGGCCGCCUUCCCGCUGGCCCCGCUCUUCGCUCUGCUCAACAACUGGGUGGAGAUUCGCCUGGACGCCCAGAAGUUUGUGCGAGAAUAUCGGCGCCCCGUGGCGGAGCGGGCGCAGCACAUCGGAGUCUGGUUCCAUAUCCUGGAGGCUUUGGCCCAACUCUCCGUCAUCGUCAAUGCUUUUCUCAUUGCCUUCACCUCCGACUUCCUCCCGCGCCUCCUCUACCAGUACGAAUACGACAGCAACUUGGACGGCUACCUAAACUUCACGCUGUCCUACUCACCGCACAGCUACGUGUCCGCCAACCACACCCUGUGCAGGUACAAAGCCUUCCGGGACGAGGACGGUAGAUACACUCUCUUCUAUUGGAAGCUUCUGGCCGUGCGGUUGGGGUUCAUCAUUGCCUUUGAGCACGUGGUGUUCUUCAGUCUGCGCUGUAUUGAUUGGAUGGUCCCGGACAUCCCAGAGUCGGUGGAGAUUAAAGUGAAGCGGGAGCGGUACCUGGCCAAGCAGGCGCUGGCCGACAACCAGGAGGUUCUGAUGACGGUGAGUCCGGCCUCCGGCUCCUCAGCAAGCAGCGUCUCACCCUGCGCCCUGAUCGACUGAGUUUUUCCGAGACGUACCCGGCCAGCGGUCGGAGAUUAGGCGAUAGAUUGGGAUUGGGUCCGUAGCCAUAGAGGGCGGAGCUAUGUAUAGACUGCUGAUCUGAGUUGUCGGCUGGAGGAGGGAAUAAAUAAACAUUCGAUGUCUUCCUUGCAGAGCACAAAGACGUUCGAUGUCUUCCAAUGACGGACUGUUAUAUUUUGCACCAAAAAAAAUUUGAAAUGCGCGUUGCGCCGCGGAUGGAAAUAAAACGCUUCUGUUAUUGGAGGCGACACAGACGCACAAUGGAUGUCAUCACCUGAGUCCUGAUUGGACGCUCACCAUUGAAGUUGAAGCACAGACCUAAGUUCCCCAGGAUGAAGCUCCGGGGGGGCGGAGUAAAACGCAUUAGGGGGCGUGGCCUGGUUGGAGUUUAUGUGACAAUAUGGAGCAUGAAAAAACGCAGCACUGUAUCCGUCCAAUCAUUAUCCUGCUGGGUGUGUCUUCCCGUCUCUUUGUAAUAAUAAUAAUAAAGCACAAGAAUGUUUCAUGCCGAA